AUGGAAGUUGAAGAAGAAGAAGAAGAACCAUGUUAUAUUCUGAAUAUUCCAAAUGAGUUACAAUUAAUGAUUUUUGAUAAAAUGGAACCGGCAGAUAAGUAAGUUUUUGUUUUUAAAAACCAUUUAAAUACAAUUUUCUUUAGAAUUUCUUUUGGAAAAACAUCGCGAAAAUGUCGUGCAAUUUGGAAAGAAUCGAAGAGUUUAUUUGAUGGAAUUGCUUGGAAUUACAAUAAGUUCGAAGAAAGUAUUCUUUUAUCAUUCAAUGAUUCAUAUCCAUUUGAAGGAAAUCGACAAUCUGUUGAAUGUCAUGAAAAUCGCAUUGUAUUGUGAGUUUUUUCUUGACCACUGAAAUAUCAAAAAUCAUCAUUUACAGCGGCGAAAAAGAUACAUACUUCAGUCAACGCAACAAUUUUAAACGUGGGCUUGAAUUUGCCAAAUGGAAGUUUGUGAAAACACUCGAAAAAUAUCAGAAUACUGUGAAAAGUAUCACAAUUGAUGGAGAAUGUUCAGCUAAUUUGCGAAAUAUUACAAGUUUUCCUAGUUUGCGGUAUUUGAUUUUAAGAGACUGUCCAAAUAUUGUAAGAGAAGUUUUAUCAAAAUCUGUAAAUGCGUUGGAAUAUCUGGAGAUUGAUGAAUGGAAUAACAAUUAUGCGGAUUGUCCUGAAAUUUAUCGAGUUUCCGAAUAUUUAUCGAUUUUUUUUGAGUUAACUCGUGAACAAUUUCAUAGAUUAUCCGCAAAGAGAAUCGAAAUGGAAAUAGGAGAUUUGAAAGCAGAAGAUAUUUUUGAAUUUAUCAAGUCUUGGCAAAAUGGAAGAAGAAAUCUAGAGAGUUGUAAAUGGGCUCUUGGUUAUUUAGACGCUCCAAAAUUUUUUGGAUUUUUCAACACUCAAGUGAUCAAUCGUUAGUAAGUUAUCAAGAAUUUAGUUAUAUUUUGAAAAAUUUAUUUUCUUUUCUAGCAAGCGAAUUACAAUUCGAGGACCUGGAGAAACAUUAGCACAAAUCGUUUUUAGAAAGAAAACUAUAUUGAUAUUCGAAGUUUUAGAUGACUUAGAGAUUAUUGAUGCGGAUGGUGCAGAAGGUUCUGAUACAAAUGUGGAUUAUCGAGAGUAUUCUUACGACACUGAGGGUGAGUUUACAAUGUUACCUUGGAAAUCUAGAAAUAUAUUGUUUUCAGAUGAUUUUGAUGACUAA